CCCUUGCCCAAAGCCGAAAUCUUUUGACUAUUCCCAAAGCCCAAAUCACACACUAUCUAUAUAUAACGAGAUACCAUCAAAUACAACUCCACCAAUAAGAAAGAAAAAGUACAAAAUCCACAAUACCACACACCACUCCACCAAAAAGAAGAGAGAGGGGAAAAAAAUGGAUUCAGGAGAUUUCAUCCAACAAGGUGGAGAAUUCACGACGUCAUUCUCCGCCUUGCACGAGGACAUAAUGCGAACCCACAUCCUGACCCGGCUCGAUGGCCCCACGCUUGCCACCGCCAGCUGCGCCUCGUCCCGACUCCAUGAGCUUGCCGCCGCCGACAAACUAUGGCAGCGAAUCUGCAACCGAACGUGGCCUUCGACUGUCGAUCCCGUCAUCGGUCGCGUAAUCUCCGCCAUGCCCGCCGGCCACCGUUCCUUCUACUACGACUCAUUCCCCGCCCUCCACCACCGCAGUUGCAGCCCUGGAAUCAGUCGAGGUGCACAUAAGUUGAAUUCACAAACCUCGGGAAUGAUCUCCGCUGUCGACGUACGCUACCGAAACAAACUCAUACUUUCCAAAACCCACGAAACCGAGACCGAAACCGGGUGGUUCCUCUGCUCGCCGUUCCGGGUUGAUUUACUUGACCAGAAAGAAACAGUUUCCUCUCCGGCAAAGUUCCACGGCCGCGGCGAGGAGACGUUGCAAUCGGAGCUAGAAAACAACUUGACACUCAGCUGGAUCCUGAUCGAUCCCAGAACGAAACGGGCCGCGAAUUUCUCCAGCCUCCGGCCCGUUUCCGUGACCUUGAACUGGCUGACGGCCGACGUACAAGCCCGGUACGCCACGGUGCUCGGCUCGUUUCUUUUCACGGUGCUGGUCACGUGCAGGGGGAAGGAAGGAGGGGAUGUGCUGCAGCUGAAGGAGGUGAGCUUGCAGGUGGAGGACAUGGAAGGCAGGACUUUGAGCGGGAAGGAGAGCUUGGUAAUCUUGCAGGAGGCGAUGGAGGGCGGGAAGAAAGUGGGGAAGAGAGGGGAUGAUGAUGAUGAGAGAGAGAGGUAUGUGGAGUUUCUGAGGAGGAAGAGAGAGAUGAGAGAGAGGAAGCAGAGGAGAGAGAGGCGGCUGGACUUGGUGUGCAUGGCUACAGGGGUCACCAUUUUCGUGGCAUGGGUGGUUGUUCUGUUGAGGAGAUAUAGUUAACAACUAUGCUUACCCCAAAAAUACAAAACUCAGUCUCUAAAAAUACAAAAUUCGUCGCUAGAGUUUUUGGCGACGAAAUUUCGGUCUUUGUAAUAGUACAAAAUAGGAAAUACAGAUAUUACUGUUGUUUUGCCUUA